GACAAAAAUGAGCUUUUCCGCAGCAAAAACCGAUUUAAAUAAAGAAGUCUUAUUUGACAGUAAUUUUGGGUUAAGAAUUAUUACAUUGAAUAGACCGGAAAAAUUGAAUGCUUUAAAUAUGAUAAUGACAAGAAAUAUAUAUGAAAAGCUUAUUGAAUGGAAAAAAUCUUCUUUAGCUAAGAUUAUUUUGCUACGAGGAAUUAAUAGUAAGGCAUUAUCAGCCGGUGGAGAUGUAGCUGCUAUUGCAGAAUUAUGUCGGUCGGAUGCAGAAAAUGGGUAUAAAAUGGCGAUGAAAUAUUUUGAAUUGGAAUAUCGUCUUGAUUACCUUGUUGCUACAUAUAAGGAGAAGCCAUAUGUUUCUUUAAUGGAUGGGAUCACAAUGGGAGGAGGUGCAGGGUUAUCAGUUCAUGCACCGUUCAGGGUUGCUACUGAAAACACCGUUUUUGCAAUGCCGGAGACAGAUAUUGGUUUUUUUCCGGAUGCAGGGCUGUCUUUUUUUUUGUCUCGUAUGGAUGGUGAAGUUGGAAAAUAUCUUGGAAUGACAAGUGAACGUCUUUAUGGGUUUGAUACGUUAAUAUCGGGAAUUGCUACACAUUAUGUUCCUUCUAAACGAUUAGAUGAUCUUAUUGUGAGAUUAUCUGAGCUAGAUACAAGUGAUUCUAGUAGUAAAGAUUAUUUCAAUGUUGUAGAUAAAACAAUUGAUGAAUUUUCCGGUGAACCUCCUAGAGAUUAUAAAUAUAAGCUUGGUGGGGAGACGCGUAAUGCAAUUGACAGAUGUUUUAAGCAUAAAAAAAUCGAGAAUGUUUUUAAAGCAUUGAAAAAUGAGGGUACAGAAUGGGCAAACUCUACUAUUGGUACUCUUAAUAAACGGUCUCCUACUAGUAUUAAAGUUGCUUUACGAGAAAUUCAAGAGGCAAAGAAAUGGAAUAUUUUACAAGCGUUCAAUAAUGAGCUUAAUCUAACUAGUUAUUUUUUAAAAACUCAUGAUUUUGUAGAAGGUAUUGAAGCAAAGUUAAUUAAAAAGCCUUCAGUUAAACCCGUAUGGAACCCUUCAAUAAUUUCUGAAGUUUCUGAUAAACUGGUUGAUACUUUUUUUAAAAAGUCUAAAAAAUCUCCUCGAUUAAAUAUAUCUGGUGAUCUUAUUUCCGUUCAAUAUCUAAAUUACCCAUAUAGUUAUGGUUUGCCAAGAGACAUUGAUCUUGAAAAAAGUAUCACUAAUUGUAUUGCUAAUAAUGUCUCUGCAGAUUCUAUUAGGGAUAUGGUCUUUGAUAUAUUUUUUAAAGUAUCUCCUAAUAAACCAGGACUUGGUAUAAAACUCGAUGACAUUCUUUUUCGAAAACAAUUAGGAAAAUUAAGCAAUUGACAGGUUCAAUUGCUUUUAUUUGAUCUCUUUCUCUGUUUCACUGAUU